GACGAGGACGAGGAGAGUCAGCGGUGGCGGCGGUGGUGGCGGGGCCGGCACGGGCACAGCGGCGGCGGCGCCAUGAGGCCCGGGCAGGGGCACCGAGAUGUGCAGAGGAGUGAAUGCCCCAUGUUGUGUUAGUGCCUGUCUGCCAUGCUGGCCUGUCUGCCAGGACCAGGUGACCUCUCCUUUCAGCUUCUUUCUUACACGCAGAUGAACACUGGACUUCAGAAAUGGGACACUACACAGAAAAUGAGAUCUGCACAGUAUCCUACCCCAGCAGAAUUGGAUGCUUAUGCUAAGAAGGUCGCCAACAAUCCACUGACUAUAAAAAUUUUUCCAAACAGUGUCAAGGUUCCCCAGAGGAAGCACGUACGCCGUACUGUGAACGGACUUGAUACUUCGGGCCAGAGGUACAGUCCCUACCCGUCCCAGGCCGCCACAAAAACAGGCCUGCUGGCAAUAGUCAAAUCUCCAGCGAAGGGAAUCAUCAAAGACUUUGACGGGACACGCGCACGCCUGCUGCCGGAGGCGAUGAUGAACCCCCCUUCCGCGCCCUACGUUGCACCUAGCACUUUAACCCACCCCCAGGCGCUUGCUCGCCAGCAGGCUCUCCAGCAUGCACAGACUUUGCCGCACCCCCAGAGCAUCCCGCAGCCACAGGCUCUGCAGCACCCUCAGGGGAUCCCACAGCCACAAAGCUUACCGCACCCUCAGGGGAUACCGCAGCCACAGGCGCUGCCGCACCCUCAGAAUAUGCAGCAGCCGCAGGGCUUGCAGCAUCCUCAGACCAUGGCACACCAGACUCUGCAGCACCCCCCGAACCCUUUGCUGCAGCCAGGUUUACAUGGAAGCAGAAAGAUGCCGGAUGCAGACGCGCCGCCGAAUGUGACCGUGUCUACCUCAACCAUUCCCCUCUCUAUGGCUGCCACCCUGCAGCAGAACCAGCCACCGGACCUGAGCAGCAUUGUGCACCAGAUUAACCAGUUCUGCCAGGCCAGAGCUGGCAUUAGCACUACCUCAGUGUGCGAGGGACAGAUUGCAAACCCCAGCCCUAUAAGUCGUAACCUGCUUAUCAAUGCAAGUACCAGGGUAUCUACUCACAAUGUCCCUGCACCCAUGCCUUCCUGUGUAGUAAACCCUGUCGAUCAUGCUGCUGCUGCUAUUCCUUCUGCCUCUGUUAACGUGCCCAUGGUGAAUAUCAACAGGGUGCCACCUGCCUACCAGAACGAAAUCAAACCGGUCGCCUGGAACCAGCACCAGCUUGCACAUCUGCAGCAAAUGUGCGGAGAUGCUGCUGGGCCUGCUGUACUCGCAGGGAAGCACCCUCAGAGAGAGAUCGCAGGGCAGAGUUUUCCUGGCAAAACUUCAAACUACCCUCAAGAACUGUGCAUGGGCCAGUCGUUCAGCUUGAAGCCCCCCAUCGAGAAGCCCACACCUUCUCCACCUGUGAAUGGUUUGCAGGGACCCUUGCCAUACACCAAUGGGCACUAUUUCCAGCCCAUCUGGAAUAACAUUCUGCCCACGCCCAACAGUGACAGCUCUGGGUCCCAGGACCUCGCCAUGCCUUUCCAUGGGGGACAGCCAGCAGGAGCACCACUAGAUUGUGCAGGAGGAACUCAUUACAGAGCUGGAGCUGGUCCAUCCAGCCAGAAUAAUGUGAUGCAGACCAUGGAUUACCUAAGUGGGGACUUCCAGCAGUCCUGCUUCAGAGAUCAGAGCAUGGCCGUGCUGGGAAAAGUCCAUCGGCCUCCCAUGAACCGAGCACCUGAACCAACCGAUAGUCGAAAUCUUCAUAUUCAACACCCAGGGUAUAGAUAGGCUGCAGUCACUUUCACAGACAGAAAAAAAAUAAAAAACAGGUUUAGUCUUAAUUUUAAUUAAUAAGGCAUUUUUAACUUGCAAACUUGUGUGAUCAUUAUAGUAACCAUGGGAAGAAGACAUCCUGUAUAUUGGAAAGCUUCGCUUACAUGUUAUCUGUCUCCUUUGUGCAUCAAAUAUUUAACAUGCCUUCUGUGUCAAAGAAUUUCAUUACACUACUUCACGCCACAGCUAUUUCCUCCACCACAGAAUCCCCUUUGUGCAGCUUUUGCCUUCUGCUUCGUAGCUCCUUGCUGGACUGAUGUUGAGUUGCUGCAGGGUUUUGCAGUUACGUCUGUUCGCCAGCUCUGUCGAGAGCAGGGUAGCGUAGCUGCUUACAUUUCCAUCUCAAUUUCCUCUGAAGAUUAAGAGCAACAGAAUUUGUCAGGAAGCAGGGCUUAUUUUCAACUCGAAAGCCCAUUUCAUUAAUGCAUUAAACAUUGACCAUUUGCACUGUCUAGAGGCUUAUUUAAUUGAAAAAGAAGCCCACGUUUGAGAAGAGUUAACUAGGGGUAUGUGUUUAGGCAUUAGUAAGAGGGAAGCAUUUCAGCUGUUUCUUACUGAGAUGCCUGCAUUUAUCAUUUAGACUUUGUCCAAAGUCAAAAGUCUCUGGCAGAUUUUUCUGACACUUUUUUGUUUUCAAGCAGACAGGGUAUGGAGGAAGGGGAGAUUGGCAAGUUAGGGGCAUAGGCAGCAUAGCUGCCAUAGGGAGCUGCCUUUUCUCUGCAUUAUGUUUCCCUUCCCCGCUCCUCUUUCAACAGCAUAAGCGCUAACUUUGCCUGAACCCCUCGCUGCUAGGAGUCUGGCUGUCCUGAUGUGAAGGGAAUCCAGACCCACUGACAACUCCAAAAAGGGUUCAGCUACUUCUCUGGGAGCUAGAAUUGAUUUCAGGGCAUGGAGGCCUAUCUGCAGCUCAUCUGUGGUGCAGUAGGAGGGUUUGGGGGACAAGUGGCAGGGUCCCGCUGCAACAGCAACACUGACAGGACACAGUUGGUCCGAUACGGAGCUCCUCUCGCAAGCUGCUUGUGGGGCAGAGGGUCCUGUGUUCCUCUCCAUCCAAACUCCACAGAUGUAACAGAACAAACCUCCUCUCUGGGAAUUAGCAAAGCUAUUUAUAACAUCCCCUUUUUACCAGGGUCUUGGUGCCUAAUUCCUGUUCCUUCCCUGCAUUACUUCCAGCAGCUAGACAAAGUCCAGCUCCAGCGGGACACUAACCACUGGGUGACCUCAGCAUCCCCUUCCCCAUAGCCUACCCAAACACCUUUCCCUUCUCACAGCCGGAUUUGUCGUAAGAGGAAAUCUCCUCCUCUCUGUUAAACGAGGCUAAUACUUGAAGGUAAUGGUAAUGAUCACAGCCAAGUUUGGAAAUUAAAAACUAAAAAGAAAAGAAGGGGGGGGGGAGGGGGGGAACUAUAAAAGCAUUGAUUCUUUUUCUGUACACUGGCUAAAAAAAUACUGCUCUACACUGUAACUUUUAAGUGUAAUAUUUCUGUAUGAAUGUCGCCUGGUAGUGUGGGUUUGAGUAGCAUUGUAUAUGGGUGAACCCACUUGGCCUCUGCCACCCACUGGCCUCCCUCACAGCCCUUGGAAAGGAAAAAAAAAAAAAGAAAAAAAAAGAAUACAAAAAAAAACAAAGCCUUAAGUAUUUGCUCCUCGAACUUUCCUUAAUGAGCAUGGGUUUAAUUAAAAUAAAAACACAAACAAAACACUUAACAUCCUGUGAAAUGGAGGGGGAAAAAAAGAAAACCAUCAUAAGAAUUAACAGGUUUUGAAGUGACGUCAUAGUUGGCUUAGAGAUUCUUUAAAAGGUUUUUUUGUUUUGGGGUUGUUUGUUGGGUUUUUUGUUUGGGUUUUUGGGGUGGUUUUUUUUUUUUUGGUGAAUGGAAAAAAAAUAAAUUAGGAAACAUUUCUUUGUUGGUUUAUUUUUUUAAUUCAAUAUCCUUUUUUUUUUUUUUUUUCCCUUUUAAUUUAGAGGUGUAAGUCCUGGGCUGUAAGGAAUCUUUUAGGUUUCAAAGCUUAGCAGAGUACCUUUCCUGAAGUUAGUACACUUCUGUCAUUAUUUAAGUCCUUUUUUGUUUUUUUAAGUGUACUAGAAGCCGUUCUUUAGUGGUAACUCUGGUUAGCAAAGUGACUAAAGGCGGGUUGAAUUCUGUGUUGGCUUGUGUUGCCUUAUAUUUAACAGGAAAAAAAAAACACACAGAAAAAGAAAAAAAAAAAAAAAAAGAAACUUGCCUGAUUGUGUUAUGCCAAAUGAUAGCAACCUGAAGUCCUAAUUUAUUGUUUAUGAUCGUAUUCCUGCAGUCUUUGUGAGCACUGGUAAAUAUACAUCUAUGGAAGAAUGAAAAUCCUGAGGCUUUUCAUGCAGUAUUUUUCUCAACACCUUUUUGGAAGCCAAGGUUUGGGUCUGAUGCUGCUUCCCUUACAGCCUCCCUGCUGUCCCCAGUCCGUCUAGGGCUGUGCUGUGACUUUAACCUGCCCUGCCGAGUUAAGUCCCUGUAAGGUGUACCUGAAUACAGACCUUUUUACUGAAUAAACCAUUACCAUCUUCUCUCUUCAGUAGCCUGCUACAAAUCUCAACCCAGACUGUUAUUAAAAGCUGAUUUUUUAACUCCUGCUCUUCUUGUGAGAGAGAGUCUGAGCAGAGUCCUGUGCUGUGGUAGUUGUGGAGGUGGUCUUGGUGCCUGGGAGGUGCUGGGGUUGGGGGUUGUUGCCCUGAGGGCCACAACCUCAGAGACUUUGCUCCGGUACAGCAGGACCGGGAAGCAGAAAUACUCCUGAGACUCAUCCAGGUGGGACAUUGCUUGAAAAAUAGAAAUCAUUUUACUAUUAAACUAUACUGCAUUAC